UGGCGGCGUUGUGUUUGUAUGUUCCGUUGUUUAUAACUCGUGUUUGUGUUUACUCUGUAUAAAUGAGAAGCCGUAUACGCUACCAGCAUGGAUUUUGCUUAGAAUAUGGUUGUGCUGUAUUCGUAAUGAUUGUGAAAGUUCUGCUCUUCACUUUUCAAGUCGAAAGUUGGCAAUGUUUUUGAGAGUUCUUUUUUUUGUAUGCACACUGCCCAUGAAUAAUAAUAAUACUAUGACAGCGACGUGACUGAAAAAUUUCAUGCUUUAUUUUUACAGACGUUCGAGAUUGCUCGGUAAUAAUUACACGAGCGAUCUAAUUUUUAUUUUAUGUGAUAAUUUGUUGUUUUUUUGUCAUGAAAAGAUUUUGAAAGAAAAAUGACUUCUACAACUCUAAGAGAAAUGCUAGUUAAACAAGAGCCCCGACCAUUGAGCUGCUGUUACGUAUGCUCAGGACCCAGAGCGGAAUAUGUUAUUUAUUCGAAGCCUUAUGGUGAUAAUGCCUUUUUUCCUUUCCUAGAAGUUCAUCAGCCUCCAGACGGGGCUGAAAGUAUGAGAUCUGAUGGACGAGUUCUAGUUUGCUUAGUUUGUUAUUCCUUCCUUAAUCAACAGUGGGAUACUUAUGAAAAGACCAAGACUCCAUACAAUAAAAGAUUAUACUGGUUAAAAAGGCUUGAUGGUGGCCCUUUUGCUGGAAUGGAUCUAAAUUUGCAACAAGACUAUGAAUCUUUAUUCGAGUCAUCCAAUGCUGCUAUCGAUAUUGAUAGUCGUUCCAAGCCAAAACAGAGCAAAAGUCACCAUUCUUCCGAUUUAGAUGUGAUAAAAACUAAACAUAAUGCACCAAGCUAUUCCAAUGCUUUCAAUUUUUCUAACCAAAGUUCUGAAAAACCAGAAAGUUUAGGGAGUAAUAUUUUAGAUUUAAGUAUGUCUACCAGAACGCCAUCUCGAUCAUCUAGCACUGCUUCUCCUGGAGUGAUUUCUGAAGUUUGUUACACUUGUGGCCAGGAAACUAAGGCUCUUACGAUUGUGUUUGUGAAGUUUAUGCGUAAUUGUCCUACUUUUCCAAGUCUGGCUACUCAUCCCAAACCACCAAGAGCUAAACCUGUAGAUUCAGAGGGCAGAAUUCAUGUAUGUAAUCAAUGUCAUUUGAGUUUGGUCCAACAAUGGGAUUAUUUUCAAAGAAGAAAUACUCCACAACAUGAACGUGUGUAUAAAAUUCCUUCUAUUGAAUUCGACAUUUCAAAACAAGAAGUUCAACCAAAAGAUAAAUCAUUUGUGUGUUAUACUUGUGGAAUGGUUUCUCAAACAUCUGUUCAAAGAUUUAUCAGUGCAUAUCCUGAAGGGGAUGGUGAGCCAUAUUAUUCUUUUCUUUUGAAUUUAAUGCCACAUCCUGGUGCCAAUAAACUGUCUAAUGGUAAAGCUGCUGUAUGUUCGUUGUGUUACAAGUCAUUUUUUCGUCAAUUUCAAGUUUAUGAAGUAUCAAAAACACCAGAAGAUCAACGUAAGUACAAGACUUUAAAUAAUGAAAGUAUAUGUGAUAAUACCAGUGUACUUCGGCAGCAUUUGGAAGGUAAUGCUCCAGAACCCGCUGUUGAAAGCAGGAGAGAAUGUUACCUUUGUGAAACUGUGACUGAAUCUUUGUUUUAUGUCAAUUCAAUUCCUACGGGUGAUAUGUACUUUCCUUUUAUUAAAAGCUUGCCUAAACCAUCUGCUGCAUUUCCCAUGGAUAAUCAUGGAAGAGUCAAAGUCUGUAGCCAGUGCCAUACUUCCUUAAGCUAUCAGUGGAAUGCUUUUGAACAUGCCUUCAUCCCAAUCAAUCAACGACAGUACAAAAUACCUGGUUCAAAGUUGCAAAUUGCUAGCAGUCAUGGUAUGGUGACUUCACUGCACCCUGUUUCACAUCCUACUCAUUCCAAAACCAUAAAUGUUGAAGAGGAACAAAAAUUGUCAAUUAAGAAAGCAUCUGUUAAUGCAUGUAGUUUGUGUGAAAGUCCACUCAGUCUCGAAAACGCAUGCUUUUUGGAAACAGUGCCACGAGAGAACUGCAUGUAUUUUCCUUCUAUUAGAUCAUUUGUUAAAUGCUUUGCUGAUCAGUAUGGUCGAAUCCUUGCUUGUAAUCAAUGUUUUUCUAGUUUAAAAAAUCAGUGGGAUGUGUUUGAAUCUGCUCGUGUUCCGCAUGCUCAGAGGCAGUAUGAAAUAUUUCCUCCCAAAUCUGAAAGAGAUCGAACAAUACAUUUCGGCAGUGAUGGCGUAGUUAGUGAAACUAGCGGUGCUCUUCACAUUCAGGUGUCUUCUCCUGAUUUAAAAGUAGAUUUAGCAAAACAUUCAUCAAAUGUUGAACCAUUACUUACAACUGUUAACACAUUACCCAUCUCAAGUAUCACUAUUUCUACAUCAGCAAUGUCUAAUUCUGCAAACAGUCCACAAAUAACAGAUCUCAAGGGUAUCUCAAUGAAGUCUAGUGUGGAUGAACCAGUACCUCGUAUAACUGGACCUUUAGAUGUUCCAUUUGUUCGGCCUUUAGUUCUUUCAGUGCCAAUUGGUUGUUUUGUUUGUGGUGAAAUGAAUACUAGUAACCUAGCAUAUCCUAUCAGAACUAUGCCAACAAAUGACAUGAGAAUGGAAAAGACACCUGAAGAUGUGCCUUUCUUCCCUUUUCUUUCAAAGCACCCAGUUCCUGAUGGUGCUGAGAAACUGACUAGUGAUGGCAGUGCUUUAGUUUGUAUGUUUUGUUAUCAUUCCUUGGUGUCUCAGUGGCUUGCUUAUGAAAUGUCAAAUAACCCAGAAGAUGAAAAUCGAUGGCACCGUCGUUAUAAUACUCAUAAUUAUGUCUGUUAUAUUUGUGGCAUUACAACGUACCGAAAACGUGUAUGUUCUAUAGCAGUAAAGGACUUUCCAUUCCUUCUUGAACAUAAGCGACCUUUGGGUGCAUUAACAGUUCUUAAUGGUGAAUGUGUUUUAACAUGUCAAACUUGCUUUGAGUCAAUAACUUCACAAUGGAAAGAUUUUGAGAGGAUGAAAGUUCCUGUCGAAAUGAGGAAAUAUAAUUGGAUUGUAUUGCCUCCACCACCUGAUGAUGAAAACAGUAGAGGAUGUCAGAUUCUGCAAGAAAAUUCUAUGUCUGUUCUUCAGCCAGGUGAAAAUGAUCUCCAUAUAGAUGAAUCAAGUAUUCCUCAUGGUCUGAAGCCUUCGUCCUCGCAUUUAUCAGUUCCAGCACCCUACGGUGUAUCAAAAUCUGCAGUUCGUAAUGUCAUGUCUCCAGUUCACCAAAGCGGUCCUCAUGCAGCUGCUGGAUUCUCUCCAUUUACGAACAGCAUUAAUCCAGCACUCAAUGCCACACGAACUUCAAGUUUUGCUGCUGCUCUCAGAAAACUGGCAAAGCAAGCAGUUGAUCCCAUUGCAGAAAAAGAUUUAUCUCCUAUUUCUCCAGCAUCCACUCCUUCAUCCAACCAACAAUCCAUCCACAAUCGUCAGCAUCCUCCAAUGCCGAUGUACAUGAACAGUCAUAAUCCCAACCCGCCUGGACAUGGAUCUCCAUCACCAUCCGUUACGCCAUCACAAAGCUCACAUGGGAAGGCUUUAGAUUUGGGACGUUAUUCAAACACUCAUCGAAAUGGAAGUAUUGUUGAACCAGUGAGUCUAAAGAUGGAGAAUUCCAAGUUAAUAAGUUCGUCAAAUGAUAAGCGAAGUGAUAUGACUUCAGGAAAUAAGCAUUUAGGACCACCUAAUUUGCCACCUAGUUUGAGGCAAGAUCACAGCUUGUCACGAGGUUUUCAACCAUAUAGAAAUUCCGAAGAACGCAGGCCCACUCCACCUCAAGGAUACAAUCCUUCACCCCCUCCAAGUUCAAUGAGUGGUUAUGCGUACCAUCCUUCUAUUUUACAGUCAUCUAGAAUGCCACCACAGUCUUAUAGUAGGUUAGAAGAAUCAAUGUAUAUGGAACGUUAUGGAUUGCUUCGCCCAUCUUCAAUGCCUUAUCCUCCUCCCACUAACAUGAUUCCUCAUCCUAGAGCUCCUCUUUAUCCUCCUAAUCAGUAUCCUCCUGAAUUGAUUUCCCAAUCAAUGAGGCCUGUAUCAUCAAAUAGUUCCUCGUACUCUACCUCUAGAUAUAAUACGGAUGAAGAAGAAUCAAAAGACAGCAGCAUGUUUAGAAGACGUGAAAUUAUAUAUCAGCAUGAAAGAUACGCAGAACGUGAAGAAGGAGAAUCAAGAGAACGUGAAAUAGAAUACAUGCGAAAAGAACGAAAUCUCAUACGACAAAGUCCUUUAAAUACACACCAUUCUUCCAGUAGAUUAGAAUCAUCAAAUGAGGAAAAAGGUCAUAUGGGAUCAAUUACUCAUGGUACCCCUCGUGAAUAUGGAAGAAGUAUGUCUCCGCCUACCUCAACAUCUACAACUCCUUUAAAUUUAGCCACAUCUAUUGCUCACAUGGAAAACAAUUUGCCUCCAAAAGAUGAAUAUAGUUCUAGAAUGUCUAGGCCUGGAAGUAAUGCCAUAAAUGGAAAUAUGCAUCUAAGAAACACAAAUCAUAUUAGGGAAAUGAAUUAUAGAAAGGAAAACGAUACUUCUUCUUCUUCAUAUAGAAUGCAUUAUCAAAUAAAUAUGGAAAAUGAGAAAAAGCCGCCCAUUCAUAUGGAGAACUCAGAACCUAGUAUUCCAGUUUCUACUCACUCAAAAACACAUCCUUACUUCAUUGAACGGGACAAUCUAAAGCCAAAUUUAGUUGAAACUCGCACUCUGAGUCUUGGUUCAGUUAUCGAUUCCCAAAUCAAUGGCAUAUUUGCCAGAGACAAUAUUGUUUGUAACAAUAACAGCUAUUUUUCUCUAAAUACUGAAUCUAAUCAGUGGGAAAAUCCAAUCAAGUUGGAAUCUGAAAACAAGAAACCAUUUUCUGCUCAAGAACCUUAUACAAUUCCUUCCAAAGUCCCCAGCAAUGAAAAAUCACAUGAGAGCUUAAAUACUGAUUCUUCAAGUGGUAAAAUGCCACCUUACAUGCUCAGUGAACAUCCUUAUUUAUAUCAGGGAGACUCUAAUGGUUAUCCACCAACAUACAAGGCAAAAGAACCUCUGCUCACAAGGGUUCUGAAAAAUCAGGAUGUGUCUUCUCAUGAAAACGAAGUGCAUGUUUUCAGUGAGCCUGUUGAAAGGAUAGUGAGUGUUUUAGAUGCCAGAGAAGCCAGGUUGAGAAAACUGAGAAAAGAUGGAGUGAUUGAAGAAGAGAGUGAUGAACCAGGAAUAGAAUCUGAUGAGGAAGAAUCUGAUAAGCUAAAAGAAUUGUUAACUAUUAGAAAAGGGCCCCCUAUAAAGAUUGAAUCUGAUCCAAAAAAAUCAGAAUUCUUGUUUUACUUUGGGUUGGUUACUGAUUCUAAAAGACAAGCACUUGAACUUAAGAAGCGGAUUAGGCGUCACAGAGCACUCAGAGAAAGGAGUUUGAGUCCAGUUGAAGAUUCUUCUGUUAAAAAAGAGGAAAUAAUAGAAUAUGAUUCUGCUCAUUUGGCUGAACUGUCCAGUCGAUUAUGCUAUUCUGAAGAUUUUCAAGCAAAAACUGAAUUUUUAAGAGCAUUAGAUUUAAAAUAUUUACCUCCAGAUGAAAAAGAAGAACGAGAAAAUAUAAUAAAAAUUGUGGAAGAUGAAAAACUUCGAAGGUAUGGACUUCUACCUCCUAGCCAGCGAUGUAUUGAGUUGCAAGGAUCACACUUACGUAAACGUGGCUGUAACAUAUUAGAUGAUGUGAAACAAGAUGCUGCUAAGAAACCUAAUGUUAAUCCGGAUGAGAGUUUAUCCAGGUUUGCUGUUCCUGAAAGAGUAAGUUUGCAUAAAAAUGAGCCUUCCUUGAAAGAAGCAAAGUCUGCUGUUGCAUCUAUGCAAAGGUUGUCCUCAUUUCUUAAACCUCCUAUGAGAACAGUACCACUUCCAGUUCCUCCUCUUAUCCCCACCUGUCAAGUGGUACCUCAUGCUUCUGAAGCAGCUCAAAACAAAAGUCCUUCUAUUGUGGCAGCGAAGGAUCCCCGUGUUCGGCAAGUGAACAAGGAUUUUGUUCAAGAGUUCCAUAAUUCUGUGCUGCAAACAACUCAGAUGCAACUAGCUGAAAAGAAGAGUGUCCCUUCUAUUGUUCCUUUAGAAUCUUCAUUCCAAAAAUCUCCUGUUAGUGCAACAUCUGAAAAGUCAGAUUGGUUUUAUCUCGAAUGCAAGCCUCCUCUCCGAUGGCCUGGAAUUGAAGCUAUAAUGGAGUCAUAUGAGUGCCAUAUAUCUGAGCAAAAUGUAGAGAAAAAAUUUCUAACUGAAAGCUGCCAAAAGUUAAAAGCCUUAAAUGAAAAAUCAAAUCUUGAAGUAGAGUGCCUUCGAAAGAAAACAGAGGAACUCCUCAAAGAAAAGCACCUUCUAGAUUGUAAAAGGCAAGAACUUCAAAGUAGCUUUGAAAAACUUAAAUUAUUCAUCCAACAUUUUAGAUAAUACCAAUAGUGCUGAUUCUUGCAAAUUGAGACGACGCAUGACAAGCCCAAAAAUUUUAAUGCCUAUAAAAUACCUGUAAUAUAUGCAGAGUAGUUUUAGGUUACUUGUAAAUAGUUUUUAUUCUUGUAGCUAUAUAGAGUGGCGGCAAAUAUUUAAAGCACAAUGAAAAUGCUCAUUUAAAAAAAAAUAUUCUACUGCAAGUGCUAUAGAUGGCAAAGAAAAAUUGCAGUUUUAUAUGCCUGUCAAAUAAUUUUUUUAAAACUCACAUAUGCAUCUUAAUAUUUAAAACUAUUUUUGUAUUGUUUUGUUAUUCUGUUUUUAAAUCUGAAAUGGCAGUUUAUUCACAUGUAUUGCACUCUAGAAGUAAAAUCUAAUAAUAUUCCAUAGCUGAAAUCAGCAGCUUUCCAAAAUUUUGCCAAUUACUGUACAUAUUGAUUAAAUAAUGAAAACUGUUUGAGAUUUUCAAGAAAUAAAAUCUCGAGCUUAUAUAAAUUAUCCAGGUUUAUCAAUUUUAAAAUGAAUUAGAUGAGACUGCCUUUUAUUAAGCUGUGAUUUUUCAGAAUAUAAUGUUAAGGAGAAAAUGCUUUGAUAAAUGAAGUUAAAAUGUUUUUUCCAAAGUUAUAUAUAAAAACAAAAUUUGUGUUUGAAUAUUUACUUUGGAAUAAUUGUUUUCAUUAUUUGUUCAUAAAGAAUUCACAAAAAAAAAAGAAAAGAUAAUUCUAGUAAGAUGCUGCUUUUUGAUGGAUAUUUCAUAGUUCCAAAUAUUACAAAAUGUUUCUUAUAAAAAGUACUCUUAAACGUUUUACUCACUGCAAUAAUAUUAAAAGCAAUACUAAGUACUUACUUGAGAGGAGAAAAUUAUUACAUCUUUGUCGAAGUUUUAUACUUAAGAAUAAUAAAUGAUAUGAAUGGUUUCGUGUCAUUCCCGGCUAAAACAUAAGCAAUUAACAACUUUGGGGCUAGUAUUUCUUGCCGAUUAUAAAACGAGGUUAUAUGUUCAUACUCUUCCAAAAUCCCAAAUAUGAAAAUAAUAAUUACAAAAAUCAAUAUCUAUUACAUAAGUGUAAUUAAACCUGCUCAUGGAGUCUACUUUUUUUAUACAUAGCUGUUAAUAUAAAGAAUGUUAUGCAUAAUUAACAUUUAGAAAAUCUGUUUAUUUUUUUCCAAAAUAAAAUCUGUUAACAAAAUAAAAUUAUGCAUAGUUAUUUAUGUUACGUUUAAAUAUCUUCCCAAGUUAUGGUAACUUUAAUUAACUUAUGUUAAUUUUCAAGCAAUUUUUUAAAAAAUGCUUAUUUGAGAAGAGAUUAAAUGCAAAAAUUAAACUUCAAAGAUGAAAAUUACUUUGAGAUUAAUCAACUUUUAUCCAAUUCUUUGCAAGUAAUAUUUAUGUAAUGACUUGCUACUGCAGUAACUUCUCAUAAUAAUAGGAAAUCUUAAAUCCUAAUUGUUAUGUAUUUAUCACAUUAAAAAAAAUUAAGGUAAAAUUCUAUUAAAAUUUUUUACAGUACAUAAAAAUUAGCAGCUUUUUAAUGUUUAAUUUAAUCAUACUUUUAUCAUUUUUAAGUUUUUUUAUUCUUUUUGAGAAAAUUCUAAAAAAAUAGUACAGAUUUAUGUAAUAAAUUUUAAUGACUAGAGUUGUUCUGUCUGCCUAUGUUUUCACAACUCUUCUCAAUAAAACUGUUUGGCUGUAGUUGAACUUUUGUGGCCCCUGUUAACCUAAAUAAAACUAUAAAACAGAGAAAAAUAAAUAAGGUUUUUAAGACCUUACUUAUUUUUUUUUUAUUAUUAUUAUUUGUCACUUACAGAUUGCUCUCUGCAAGUGAUAAAUUCCAAAAAGAAUGAUGCCAAACAUAUAUAUAUGUGGGAUUUAUGAUAAUCUUGUUUCACAAAAGUUGAACAGAUUUUAGCAUUUUUUAUAUACAUAAAUUAGAUAAUUCUAAUUUCAGUUUUUUAUUAUUAUUUAAUAAUAUGAAUUAAUGUUUUAAAUGACAGUUUAAAGUCUGGAUAAAAUAUCUCCUUCAAAAUAGAUAUUCUGAUUAAAACAUUUAAGUGUUUGUCCCCAUUUUGAAGCCACAGAAGGAUAGGAUCUGUGAUUUUUUUUAUACUACCAAUGUGGUUAUCUAUUCUUUCAUUAGCAAUAAACCAUCUAUCAUUUAUAGAGUAAAGCCAAAAAGUAGAUGUGCAGAAUUAUCUAACAGGGUAUUAUUGAAGUAGCAGAUGAAUUCCAUGAUAAGGGGAAUUUCUCAAAUCCUAUUAAUAUAACAUAUAUAUCAUGCAUAAUGGGAAGUAAAAAAAAGGGGGGGAGAGGAGAAUAUUUAUUUCCUUAUUCUCAUACAAAUAAUUGCAUAUUUUCUUAAAUUAUUAUGGACUAAAUUUAUUUUAAUGUUACUUUUUUUUAUUAAAAUGGAAACAGAAGGCUGUACAAAUUGACCAAAUGAAUAACUAUGCAAAUUGUUAGAAGAAAACGAGCAAUAAUGUAUAUUUUUAGUACAUCAGUAUCAACAUUGUUAACUGUAAAUACUUCUAACCUAAUUUCCUUUUUAUUCAUUUUAUUAUCUUUGCACUUCUGAUUUUAACUAAGAUGACAGCAAUUUUUCUUUGAUUUUUUUUUAAUAUAGAUCAUUAUAAAAUAUGUAUUCUUUUAUUUUAAUGCUUGUAAUUAUUGUGAAUGUUUGAAAAUAUGUAGUUUUAAAUCACGAAACAUUUAGAGCUUUAUAUUUAUGUACAUAAUAUUUGUAAAUUCUUGUACAUAAUAAGUAAAAUGUGACAGGACCAGUCACAUUUGUUGUUGUGAACUGCUUUUUAAGUUGAAAUAAUGAAAAGCUUUUCCUUUGUGUGUUGUCAAUCAGUUUUGUUUUGCAUGUUAUUUUUUAAUUUAUUAAACUUGUGUUGCUUUGAAGGUUAAAAUUUUUCUACUGUUAAUUUCCUUCUAUAUUAGCGACUUUAGCUCUUUUUAAGUCAUUAUUCUAGAAUGGCCUUUUUAUUUGAAAUUAUUUCCAUAACCUUCUUUUGCUAUUAUGAACAUUGGUUACAUAUUUUUUAAAAAAAAUUCUUCUGUUUCAUUAACAAUUGAAAAACAUUUAAUAUGGCAAGUUAUAAAAUUUUGUUUAUAGAAGAACCAAUUUCCCAAGAUUUUUUUCCAAAUCAAUCAGUAAUAAAUCAAUGAAAUUCAAGAUUGUUGCUAUUAAUAUUAAAAUACAGAGAUAUAGGAAGCAGUAAAAUGUUCCAUUUAAAAAUAACAUUACACAGUAAUUUUAUGAUAUUGUUUCCAGUAAUUUAUUUUGCAUAUUGUUUCCAUUUCAUGUUCCGGAAGUGAUUUUUGUGUUUGCCAGAUGAAUAAUGUGAACUGUACAAGUGAUUUUCAGUUAAAUGUUAUUUAUGAAGUUUAUCAUGUUCAUAUGACUUUCUGUAAAUCAUGUAUAUUGAUUAUAUAUUUUCCAACUGGUUCUUUUUUAUAUAUAUAUAAAUAGAAUAAAUGAGUCUCAUUGAAA